AUGGCUGCGUACCCUUGGACCGCGCUGCUACUGCUGUUCUCUUCCACAUCGGCAAUGAAGAUGCAUGACAACAGGACUGCACUUGUGCAGGCUGCGCGCGAAAGGAUCAAGUCGAUGUCCUGCUCUGAUAUGGGGCGGGAGUUGGUGAACUCCAUGGUGACGAAUUUGAAGGAAUCACACGGCAACGAUGCUGUCUUCUUCCGUGGCUGCAUGCAGUUCUUGGAGAAGAAUGCGGAGAAGAAGCGUCCUGCUGCAGCACAGAUCGAGGCAUUGGGCGAAGCGUGCAAAGGUGGUCAGAUGGGUGAGGGGUCCAUCCUGGACGACGUGGAUCCAAGCCACUUGGCUGCCGAGUGCGACCGCGCCACUUAUGGCUUGGACGUGCAGCUGCGGCUGUUGGGCGAGGGCGCCUUCAAGACCUCGGAGGAUUUCUGCGCCGUCUUCGUGGACCUCGUGCUUCCCAUCGAUGAGGAGCCGGAGUGCAUGCGCUUCAUCGAAGACAUCACGAACGCUCACUACGAGUUCUCGGGCCUUCCGCAUCUGUGGCCAGCCAUCACGAAGGAGAAGCACUUCGAUGAAGCCUUCAUGCGAGCCUGCCUCGAGGAUUGCUCCCCGGGAGAGAGGGUAGUGAUGGUAGGGAUCAGAAGCAGCUUCGUCAUGGACCUUCAAAAGUCACGUGCCUCUGCCCUUGGCACGGAGGGCGUGUGCCUUCUGCUGUCCGUUGCCUGUGAGGACAAGAAGCUCGCAGAAGAGGCUGAGGGCAAGGAUGUGCCUUGGGGCACAGGUGAGGAGAAGUGCCAGCAGCUCUUGGAGAGGAUGGUGGCGAUGCAGUGGCCCAACUACACGAAGAUCUCCAACUUCUUCGCGGAAGCCUGCCCCUUGAUGGAGAAGGCUCUGCCCAAGCCCACCAACAAGUCAAUCGACACGCUGGCCGCCACCAAGCGCUCCCUGGCUGCAUCCCUAUUUCAUAGAGCAUCCCACGUGGUCCUCGCGAAUCAUGGGGGCAACCACUCUUCUGCCGCGCACCUCUUCGAGCCCAAGAAGCAGAGGACGUUCAGCGCAGUCUCGCUGCUGGAGACGUCAGUGGCCCGCAAGCAUGAUAACCACGGGCGGCGUCGUCGUCGCAGCCGCCGACGCCUCACCGAAGAGGCGAAGGCAUGCUGCAGCAAGAAAGCCUACAACUGGGCAGUUGAAGCGUUUGCCGGAGAGGUGGUCACCAUGUCCUCCAGCGUCAGCUUGUCCACCUAUGGCUUCCAUGAAAGCAUCGGCGACACGUGCGUCUUUAGGAGGGGAGGGGUGAGUGAGAGCUGUAUGGGCUGGGAACUUGGAGUUGACAUCAACGGACCUAUGCCCGAUCUCGAGCUUCCAAUCACCAUCGGUCAUGGAUGGUUCAGGAGCUAUGGGGAUAUCCUGGGCCAGUCCACGUACUUGGGUGCGGGUGGCUGCUUCAUCCUCUGCGUCGGCGGCAAUGUGAUACAGAACAUGCAGGGCGAGGUCAUUGGUGGCACCAUCGAGUUCGGCUUUGGUGCGCCGGGCGUCAGCGUCGAGGGCGGAAUCUGCGACUGCAAGCAGCAUUGGUUUCAGGAAGAAAAGUUUGAGGAGAUUCUGGGAAGAAAUGGCGGCUGCCCCAGUGGGUGCUUCCCGGCGGAUGCUGAGGUGCAGACGCUUCAGGGCACAGUCCGCAUGAAAGACCUGCAGGUUGGGGACAGGGUGCUGGCCACUGACGGCCAAGGCAAGUUCUUCUUUGACGAUGUGUACUUCUUUGGCCAUGCGGAUCCAAGCAUCAUGUCCCCCAUGAUCCAGCUGCACAUGCAGACAGCGUCCAACUCGUCCUUUGCGCUCGAGCUGUCACCGGACCACUUCAUUCACAGGUGUCCUAUGCUGAAGCCCUGCAGCUUCGAGGACGCCGAGGCUGCCUACUCCGCAGCCAUCCUUGAGGGCUCCUACGUGUGGACUGUCGAGGGGAUCGCAAAGGUGCUCUCCAGCCGCAUGGUGCCGAAGCAAGGCCUCUUCAACCCUUACACGCUCUCCGGCAACAUGGUGGUCAAUGGCGUCGCAGCAAGCGCGCACAGCAGCUGGGUCCUGGAUGCUUGGGUUCCCAGCAGCCUUGUGAAGCACCUGCCCUCCAUCUACCAGGCCAUGUUCUCGGUCGGCCGCUGGAUCUACUGGUUGGCUGGUGCACCAGCGGCGGACUUCAUUGGAGUCAACAACCCCUACGACCGCACUCCCUGGUUGGCCUACGGUGUGGCAGGCAGCUUCGUGACCGGGGUGUCCAGCAUCCCGCUCUUGGCCAUUUAUGGGUGGACAAAGUUCGCCCGAGCCAAGGUCUGGGUUUCUGCUUAG